AUGAAUACAUCGGUAACUUCCAUAAAGUUGGUACUGUUGGGUGAAGCAGCAGUUGGGAAAUCGUCAAUAGUCCUAAGGUUUGUAUCCAAUGAUUUCGCCGAAAAUAAGGAACCCACUAUCGGUGCAGCAUUCCUUACUCAGAGAGUUACGAUAAAUGAACAUACUGUUAAGUUUGAAAUAUGGGAUACUGCUGGACAAGAGAGAUUUGCAUCGUUGGCACCCAUGUACUAUAGAAACGCACAGGCUGCACUUGUAGUAUACGAUGUGACAAAACCACAAUCUUUUAUUAAAGCACGCCACUGGGUUAAGGAACUGCAUGAACAAGCAUCAAAGGACAUCAUUAUUGCAUUAGUCGGUAAUAAGAUCGAUAUGCUACAAGAAGGUGGAGAAAGAAAGGUUGCAAGGGAGGAAGGUGAAAAGCUGGCCGAAGAAAAGGGCUUGUUGUUUUUUGAAACAAGUGCUAAGACAGGAGAAAAUGUUAAUGAUGUAUUUUUAGGUAUUGGUGAGAAAGUACCACUGAAAAAAGAGGAAGAACAAAAUAACGCUAAUAAUGAACGCGAGUCUAACAGUAAAAGGGUAGAUUUGAAUGCUGCCAAUAAUGGAUCUAGCACAAACAAUGCUUGUAGCUGUUAG